AUGUCGUUCUCCUUUGGCACUCCCGCUUCCAGCGGAACCUCCAGUGGGAGUCUCUUUGGUACAUCUGGCGCUACAUUUGGCUCCAACCAGAAUAGCUCCAAUACUGGGUCCGGUGGUGGCUUGUUCGGAAAUGUAGGAGCUUCGUCCACCAGUGGAACUACGUCUCCUUCGCUUUUCGGCGCUGGCUCUGCCGGUGGCCAAGCUAGCCAGACUCCUUCAACUGCGCCCAUGUUUGGUAAUACUGGUGGUGCCAAUGCUCCUAGCAGCGGCACUUCAGGCGGCUUCAGCUUUGGUGGUCAGGCAGGCAGCGGCGCGCAGUCCAACUCUCUGUUCGGCAACAAUGCUUCGACUCCCGGAUCUACCACACCCGCUCAGCCCGCUGCCAGUGGAAUGUUUGGAGGCGGAUCUAACAAGCCUGCAGGAGGUAGCUUGUUCGGUGGGGGUUCAUCAACUACCCCAGGCCCUGCUAGCGGAUCUUUAUUUGGCAACACCUCGACCACUCCUGCUGGCCCUCCUCCUGGAUCCAAGCCUGCUGGUAGCCUCUUUGGUGGGUUGAAUGCUGGUUCUUCUACUACACCGACCUCCUCCGCAGCCCCUCCAUCUACCACCCCAUCUACCACCCCAUCUACCACUCAGACACAACCAUCCGGCGGUCUUUUCGGUGCCGGUGCCGCACCUAGUGCCAACAAGCCUCUUUUCGGAGCAGCCCAGUCUACAACACCCGCUUCCGGGGGCGCUAGUGGUCUGUUCGGCGGCGCAAACAAGCCGGCCGAAUCCACCACACCUACCACAGCUGCAGGCAGCGCAAACAAGCCGCUCUUUGGAGCCGGAGCCGGAGCCCAAACGUCACAGGCUGGCCCUUCCCUCUUCAAAGCCCCUACCGCCGGCGGCGAUGCUGCCGCAAAGCCUGCCUUUUCUCUCGGCGCGCCUUCUACCUCAACUACAACCUCCCAGCCUGCUUCAGGAGCUCCUGCGGCAUCGACUGCCACUCCCCAGAAGUCCCUUUUCCCUUCGCUUGGAGGCGCCACAUCUUCAGCUGCUCCCUCAACCACAUCGGCGGCAACCCCGGCUGGUGGUUUGUUCCCAAGUCUGGGCGGGGCCAAACCUGCGACUAGCACUCCGGCAUCAGCUGCUACCACUACAGCUCCGGUAGCUACCCAGCCUACGGCUUCUGGGUCGAGUUUAUUCAACAAACCUGCAACUUCUACUCCUUCAACUGCUGCUCCUACCCCGGGCGCCACAGCCGGCACGACGACUGCUACAGCAGCCCCAUCCACUACUGCCACUGCCGGUACCGGGGCUAGUACAGGCCCUUCAAUUCUCGGACAGUCGACCACCGGCCCUGCACCCCCAGCCCAGUCUCGUCUCAAGAACAAGACUAUGGAUGAGAUCAUUACACGAUGGGCGACGGAUCUGACUAAGUACCAGAAGGACUUCCGCGAACAAGCAGAAAAAGUUGCUGAGUGGGAUCGUAUGCUGGUGGAAAACGGGACCAAGGUCCAGAAGCUUUAUGGCAGCACUGUUGAUGCGGAGCGUGCGACCCAAGAAGUUGAGCGCCAAUUGAGUUCAGUGGAGGGUCAGCAGGAGGAGCUGAGCUCGUGGCUUGACCGUUACGAGCGAGAGGUUGAUGAAAUGGUUUCGAAGCAAGUGGGUCCUGGUGAGACACUCCAGGGACCGGACCAGGAGCGUGAGAGAACAUACAAAUUGGCCGAGAAGCUCUCUGAGCGCUUGGAUGAGAUGGGCAAGGAUCUCACCAGCAUGAUCGAGGAGGUCAACGGUGCUUCAGCAACCUUGACCAAGACCAACCGCGCAGACGAGCCUAUCUCCCAAAUCGUUCGCAUUCUCAACUCACAUCUGUCCCAAUUGCAGGUCAUUGACCAAGGUACCUCCGAUCUGCAAGCCAAGGUUGCCGCGGCCCAAAAACAAGGGCAGUCGAUUUCGUCCCGUAUCGGAUACGGUUACAACAGCCCUAGCAUGGGUGGAGGAAACGCCGCCGAUGACUUUUAUCGCUCAUACAUGGGCCGUCGCUAA